UGUUCCGACAUUAUACGUUGGCGCAUGCGCAAUGCGCACAAGUAAUCCAUCAGUAAUGGAAAGCGUUGUGCGGCGUAGAACAGAGUUAUCGUAGCGAUGCGUGGUGAAAUAGUGCAUCUGUUGCUUCGAAAACGUGAAUAAUCGUGGAUUGUGGUAUGAUGUAGUUAAUAAUAUCGAAAUUUUGUUGAAAUUAUGCGGAAUUUUUAUCCGCGAUCAUGGUUGAUCACUCGUACCGAAUGAACGGAGAGGUUAAUACACCGCUUUCUUCCGGCUUCGCCGAGAAGGUACAUCACGACUGGGUAAAAUCAGAAAAUCCCGAGACGAUUAUGACGUGCAAACAAACGGACGACGUGUUGAUUUUCCCUAAUAAAAAUCUUUGUUGCCGUUCGACCAGUAACAAUGUGAUUUUCAGUUGGGACUUCCAAAUUUUGGCGAACGGUAAGCAGUUGCAAAGAGUAGUAUUAACAUUGGAUCAGAAUCGCAGAAAUUUUGCAAUCAGAUCUGUUCUGCAUAAUAACGUUAGUAUUGGGAUCACGAAUGGCCAAGAAUGGUAUAAUUCAGAAUUAAACGAGUCGAAUACAAGUGGAAAGUCAACGAAGAAAAUGCAUUAUUUUGUUAAAAUUUGCUUUGUUGCUAAUAGAUAUGGCACGUAUCGCCAAAAUGUUAUCUUUUACUUUGGAGAUUAUCCUGUGAUACUCCAAAGGAUUUGUAUGGAUUGUUUGCCAACCGAAGAUUUUACAAGGAUUCACGAAGCAACAAAUUAUCAAUUCUCUCAGAAUCCAAAAACAUGGAAUAACGAAACGUCACAAAUUUGCUGGUUUGAGUCACCUUUUGUGUCCGCAAAAGAUCCAAAGGAGGACAAACUGUCGGUGAUCUAUCCUUAUCCCGAUAGAAGCAAUUUCAUCCUGACUCAAGAGUCUCUUACCGACAAUUGUUUGACACCAGAGAAUUACAGAGGCCGUCUUCAUGAGUUGAUCACCGUUGAAGAGCUAGCUAGACACGAACAGAUAGCUAGAUAUAACGAAACUUCAUACAUGCGUCUUCUUAGUCAUUAUGUUUUGACAUCUGCAGGCGAUGGAUCCACCAUUGCCAAAUAUGCACCACCUGGUGAGCUCUUUGCUCAGCUGCCGCUAAGCCGCAGUAUCUCAGAAGAUACGAAAAGCGGCAGACUGUUCCUGAGAGGUUGCAAUAAAGUACUUUUCAAGAAUUUGUCACGAGCCACGAACAUGAUAUUCGAGGCGCACAUAGAGGACAAGUGUACACAGACCGUGUACGUUAGAUUGUCGAAAGAGUGCGUGCACACGUUAAAUUUGGUGGCCAACACAGAUCUCCAGGUUCAAGUGCAAUUUUUAUUGAAUCGGCUACCUUUCUGCGAGUGGCACAAGACCGUGGAUAGUUUGCCCGAUAUAGGAUUAGUAUUUUUGAACAAGGCCCACAUGGAUAUGAAAGAGAUCAACUUUUUGGAUCUGUUGGGGAGGGACGCGGUCAAUUUCAGAUUUUCAUUGCUCAACGUUGAGCAGAAGAAAGCUUUGGCCGCGAUCACGGCCCCCGACAAAAUUUCAAUGCCACCUGUCCUACUGUUGGGCCCGUUUGGAACGGGGAAAACGUUCACCAUUGCCCAAGCGCUCCGUUACUUGCUCACCAAGAGCUCCGAGUACAAGAUACUCCUCUGCACGCACAGCAACAGCGCUGCCGACCUAUACGUGAAAGAGUUUUUCGACGUUUGGUAUAAAUUCGAGAAAAUACCCCGAUUGAAGCCGGUUAGAAUUUACUACAAAGGUAGAGCCAAGAACACGGUGCAUCCAGUGGUUCAGGAGUACAGUCUAAUGAAAAAGAACGGCACCUUCCGAAACCCGACCGACGAAGAUCUGAGAGAUUGCGGCCUGAUCGUGACCACACUGGCAACGUCCAGCUGCCUCACCAGCCUGAAUCUCUCGUUCACUCACAUAGUGAUCGACGAGGCUGCCCAGGCGUUGGAGUGCGAGGUCCUCAUACCGUUGUCCCUCGUCACCCCUCAGACUCGCCUUGUCCUCGCCGGUGAUCAGAUGCAACUUGCGCCUGAAAUAUACAGCGACCUUGCAAGCGAGCGCGGCCUUGGUAUAAGCCUGUUGGAGAGGAUCUACGGGAUGUAUCCCCAAACCCAUCCAUGCAGAAUUCAUCUGCACCAGAAUUACAGGGCGCACGAGGACAUCAUUAGAUUCACCUCGGAAAUGUUUUACGAGGGGGUGGUGAAACCGGCCAACGACAUGUUGAUACAACACCCCGUCUUAAAACCUUUGACAUUUUACGCCGUUCAAGGUGUGGAAGUACAGGACAUCCACUCGACAGGCUACGCGAACAUGAGCGAGGUGUACGAGCUGGUGAACCGCGUCCAGGAGCUGAGGAACAACUGGCCGGUGGACCGUUGGGGCUCGUACGACGAGAAGUCGAUCGGUGUCCUCGUCUAUUACGCGGAACAGGUUCAAAGGAUUCGAGCCGAAUUGCGGGAACGCGGGAUGACGGACGUGUCCGUGGAGAGGGUGUUGAACGUGCAGGGGAAGCAGUUCACAGCCGUGUUCAUAAGCACGGUGCGCACCAAACAUUGCUGCCGAUACUCGGCCGAGAGGAACGUGAAGGACUACGGGUUCCUGACCAAUCCCAGACUCCUGAACACGGCCAUGACGCGUGCCAAGUGUCUGGUUGCCGUGGUCGGUGACCCCGUCGCCCUCUUCACCAUCGGCUCGUGCAGGAAGCUGUGGCAAAGGUAUCUGGAGCUGGCCGAUCUCCACGGCAUCGAUCGGGACACGUUGAAGCACCAUCUCAGCCUGGUGCCCGAGCUCCCUCUCAUCGCCCCGUUGAAUCCGUUGGCAAGAGAAUUCGUACCGAGAAGCAACUUCUGCAUGGUUGUGGAAUACGUGCCGGUCCCAAUGAUGUACCCGGUGUUCCAUUGCCCGUAUUUUUCGUAGUGCCGGCGGAAAUCCGAAUUGGAAUCGAACGAUAUGAUCGAUUGAGCAUCGUCGUUCUUAACCCGACUUCUCUGACCCGACCUUAAGUGUCUUAUUUUUCUCUCCUCUUCUUCUUCUUCUUCUUCUUCUCCUUCCUCUUCCUC